UGCAAGUCGUUCAAGCACUGGGAAGUCUCUCUUCAGUUUGAAGCUUAUGAAGUAUUGAAGAUAGACUGGACAGAAGAAAUGCAAUUUCAAAUGCCUUCCAUCAUCUAUACAAUCCUCCUGGUGUGCUUUCUAAUUUUUGUGAAUGAUGCCAAGUCGUCUUCAUAUAUGUAUGAGAAAUCCUAUGAUGAUGAUUACAAGGGGUGCCUGAAAGAAAGAGAAAAGGAAAUUACAGAGCAUUACCUGUUUCACGAGCUGAAUAAUAGCGACUUCAUAUACUUUGUCUGGGAAAAUGCAAGCAGUAUCUGGGAAUCAUGGAUGCCAGAAGGUUUGGACAGUUAUACUGCCAUAGCUGUUUUGGCCUACACGGGUGAGCAUAUGCAUUAUGAUUUUAAUGUUGCAGUGGAAAAGGGUGUGAGGGAUGUGACAGCCGAGUACUUCAGGUCAAUGCAUUUCCUGAUCACCAAGGCCAUACAAUCCCUCAAAAUCAGCGACUGCAUGAGGACUUACAGAGGAAUAUCACAAGAGUUGCGGCCAAAAAAAGGAGAGACUUUCCGCUUUGGAAGAUUUGCAUCGUCUUCUAAAUAUUUUGAGGUCGCAAUAGGAUUUGGCAAUGAAACAGUGUUUAAUAUCACAACAUGCCAUGGAGCGGAUAUUUCAGAGUUUUCCAUAUUUGGGAAUGAAUCUGAAGUGCUUAUUCCACCCUAUGAAGAGUUUGUUGUGAAAGAGACUAAUGGUAGAUACAUUACGCUUGAAUCAAACAAGGUCACCGUGAACUACAGAUGUUGGCCUCUAAGCGGGUCUUCUGGAAUGAACCCACUGCCACUGAAUGUUGUGGCUCUGCUGAUGGCGAUUCACCUUCUCCUCAAUUCUUCCAUGUUACAAUAAGGAUCCAGAAAACUUUUUGACAAUAUGGUAAUGUGUGCUUUAAUGGGUUUAAGCGAGAAAAAUGAUGAGAUAAAAAGUUUUUCUAUCUACUUUAAAAAAAGAUCGCCUUUUUUUUUUUUAUAACGCCUUUCAGGGACAGCCGUCUUACUUUUUAUUGAAUCAAGUGAAUCCUUUUGUUUUUGACAAUGUGUUCUCACACAAAAUUGUUUCCAAUUUUUUUAAUUAACUUUGGCUGAUAAUGUGAUUUCCGAAUUUGAGUUAUAAAAAAAAA